AUGGCGAGAUUCGGGUUAGUUCUUGUGAUGACUCUUGUGAUUCUAGGGUUUAUGAGCUUUUCAGAAGCUCAACUGAAGAUGGGGUUCUACGACAAAACUUGCCCUUAUGCAGAGAAGAUCGUGCAAAAUGUUGUUAACCAACAUAUCCAGAAUGUACCGUCUUUAGCUGCUGGCCUUAUUAGGAUGCAUUUCCAUGAUUGCUUCGUUCGGGGUUGUGAUGGUUCGAUCUUGAUCAACGCUACAUCAAGGAACCAACAAGUCGAGAAGGUUGCUCCUCCGAAUCUAACUGUUAGAGGUUUCGACUUCAUCGAUUUAGUGAAGUCUACUUUGGAAUCAAAGUGUCCUGGAAUCGUCUCUUGCGCAGAUAUCAUCACUCUUGCUACUAGAGACUCUAUUGUUGCAAUUGGUGGACCAACAUGGAGUGUUCCAACAGGACGAAGAGACGGACGAAUCUCGAAUUUUACCGAGGCUAGGGACAAUAUUCCUCCUCCUUUCGGAAACUUCACGACUCUUAUAACCCUUUUUGGAAACCAAGGACUUGAUGUUAAAGAUCUCGUCUUGUUAUCCGGCGCACACACGAUCGGAGUGUCUCAUUGUUCCUCCUUCUCAAACCGUCUCUUCAACUUUACUGGUGUGGGAGACCAAGAUCCGUCGCUCGAUAGCGAAUACGCAGCGAAUCUUAAGACACGAAGAUGUUUAUCCAUUGCCGACAAUACUACGAAGGUUGAAAUGGAUCCUGGUAGUAGAAACACCUUCGAUCUUAGCUACUUCAGGCUUGUCUUGAAACGACGUGGACUCUUUGAGUCUGAUGCAGCGUUGACUAUGAAUUCUGAGGCGUUGACUCAGGUUAGACGCUUUGCCGAAGGAUCGGAGCAAGAUUUCUUUGCUGAGUUUGCUAAGUCCAUGGAGAAAAUGGGAAGGAUCAGAGUUAAAACCGGGUCGGAUGGGGAGAUCCGAAGAACUUGUGCAGUGGUUAAUUGA